ACAACCUCACUCAACAGCGCCUUAGCGAGUAACGACGCAUCAGAUCAGACCCUGUAACUUCUGAUAUUGCUCUAAGCUUUCCAGCGAUGGCGUCGGCGGCUCUGUCUUGUCAACUCUCCUGCCCCAUCGCACGUCCUAACUUCUCCCUCCGCCGAUCUAUUCCUGGUUCGUCCACUCGCUCCGCCACUCAAUCCUUCCACACCAUCGAUUCUCGUCUACGCCUCGUGUGUUCUGGAAAAGGCUGCCGAUCCGUUGUCGCCAUGGCCGGAUCUGGAAAGUGUUUUGUUGGGGGAAACUGGAAAUGUAAUGGAACAAAAGAGUCCAUAGUCAGGCUAAUAUCUGACUUGAACAGUUCGAAGCUAGAGCCUGAUGUUGAUGUUGUGGUGGCACCUCCUUUUCUGUAUAUUGAACAAGUGAAGAGCACUUUAACAGACAGGAUUGAGAUUGCUGCUCAGAACUGUUGGAUUGGAAAGGGCGGGGCUUUUACUGGAGAAAUCAGUGCAGAACAAUUAAAAGAUAUUGGAUGCAAAUGGGUUAUUCUUGGUCAUUCUGAGAGGAGACAUGUAAUGGGAGAAAACAAUGAAUUUAUAGGAAAGAAGGCUGCUUAUGCUUCGAGCCAGGGUGUUGGAAUUAUUGCUUGCAUUGGGGAACUUCUGGAAGAACGAGAGGCAAGAAAGACUUUUGAUGUCUGUUUCCAACAAUUGAAGGCUUUUGCAGAUGCCUUACCAAGUUGGGAGAACGUUGUUAUUGCAUAUGAGCCUGUAUGGGCAAUUGGAACCGGCAAAGUGGCCACACCUGAGCAGGCUCAAGAGGUACAUGCUGCUAUUCGCGAUUGGCUUAAUAAGAAUGUCUCGUCAGAAGUUGCUUCAGAAACACGUAUUAUCUACGGAGGUUCUGUGAACGGAAGCAAUUGCUCCGAACUUGCUAAGAAAGAAGACAUUGAUGGCUUUCUUGUGGGUGGGGCGUCCUUAAAGGGUCCUGAGUUUGCAUCCAUUGUUAACUCUGUUGCUUCUAAAAAGGUUACUGCCUGAUUACAUGUUGCUCAGUUCGGUGUUGGAAAGAUAGCAAAUAAAUGGCUUGGUGAAAUUUUGAUUGAAGUUUUCACGCGUCAAAACAUUAAGUUGAAGAAGGCGUUAGAGUUGGUCUAAUGGUAUGUAAUUGCUCUCUUGUGUACCGUAGUAUACCGUGUUUCUGUUUACUGAUACAUUGACGUGACAUACGCCUUUGCAAACGAGUUUUUAUCACCUCUCAGAUAGAGUCCUUUGGCUUUG